AUGGAAGUGACCAACAAUGUCACUGAGUUUAUAUUCUUGGGACUGUCCCAAGAACCUAAAAUGCAAUUAAUGUUCUUUGCUCUCUUUCUCCUCUUCUACAUCGUGAUCGUGGUGGGAAAUCUGCUCAUCUUGCUCACAGUGUUUUUGGAUCCCCGGCUCCAGACACCCAUGUAUUUCUUCCUCAGUAACCUAUCCUUUGUGGACAUUGCCUACUCCUCAGCCACGGCACCUAAGAUGAUUGCAGACUUUGUUUCUGAGAAGAAAACUAUUUCCUACUGGGGCUGUGUAACUCAGAUGUUUACCUUCCAUUUCUUCGGCUGUGCCGAAAUUUUCGUUUUGACUGUCAUGGCUUUUGACCGUUAUGCUGCCAUCUGCCAACCCCUCCGUUACACCACCAUCAUGAGCGCCAAUGCGCGCGCUGUGCUGGCUUCACUGUCCUGGCUGGGGGCCUUGGGCCAUUCCUUUGUUCAGACCCUCCUGACCUUUCAGCUGCCCUUCUGCCACGCCCGAGUCAUUGACCACUACUUCUGUGAUGUCCACCCAGUCCUAAAACUUGCCUGUGCUGAUACAACCCUGGUAAAUAUGCUAGUGAUUGCCAAUAGUGGUCUCAUCUCCCUAGGGUGUUUCCUCAUUCUUUUGGCCUCCUACACGGUAAUUUUAUUUAGUCUUCGGAGGCGGUCUGCAGAGAGCCGGCGCAAGGCUCUCUCCACCUGUGGAUCUCAUCUGACUGUAGUCACUUUCUUCUUUGUCCCUUGUAUCUUUAUUUAUCUCCGUCCAUCCACUACCUUCCCACUGGAUAAGGCUGUGUCUGUGUUCUAUACAACCAUCACCCCAAUGCUAAACCCACUCAUCUAUACUCUGAGGAAUGAGGAUGUGAAGAAGGCCAUGAAGCGGCUGUGGGAUCGCAAGGUCUCCUUGAAGGAAAAGCAGAAGGGAUAG